ACGAAGGGGGCAAAUGGGAGGAGUUCCCACAUUAAAAAUAAAAAAUAAAAAGAGAAAAAGAAUAUGAAUGUGAUCCAACUUGAAAAUAGCACAGGCGUGCAGAAUAGAUUGUGGUGCAGUUCGUGGUGUAGCAAUUUAUUAGCAUAGGCACGUGAGAUGGAUUGAUUCGGCUGAGAAUUGGGAAUUGGGAAGUAGAAAUUAGGAUGCGAUUCAAUUCGUGAAGAAGCAAUUUGCCCAUGGAGAAUCCGUUUGACAAGUCAAUGAGUCGUUGACUGAAUCCAUGGAGACGUCCGCUUUUUGUCGGACUAGCGUUAUGGAAUCUCCCGCCCGACACUGCGCGAUCUCCAUCCUCUACUUAACCUUCAUCUUUUCAAUUCUCUACCUUCUACAAACCCUAGUUUUCUCUAAAUUAAUCGUUGGAAUCCAAAGUGUUACCGUCAAGAAAAGCGCAACCCUUCCUCUCAGGUUUCGUGCUGAUGGCACCUUCAAAAUCCUCCAGGUGGCUGAUAUGCAUUAUGCGAAUGGAGUGAUGACUAGGUGCAGAGAUGUGUUGACCUCCGACUUCAAGUACUGCUCCGACCUUAACACGACACGGUUCGUCCGCAGGAUGAUUGAUGCCGAAAAGCCUGACUUCCUUGCAUUUACUGGAGAUAAUAUCUUUGGGCCAAGCACUUCUGAUGCUGCCGAAUCUCUGUUUGGAGCCUUUGGUCCUGCAACAGAAUCUGGACUUCCCUGGGCUGCAGUUUUGGGUAACCAUGACCAAGAAUCUACGAUGACCCGUGAAGAGUUGAUGUCUUUGAUAUCCCUUAUGGAUUAUUCAGUUUCACAGACCAACCCAUCGGACUUAGAUCUCUCUAAUUUUGCAGAAGGACAGCCGGUGACAGACAUUGAUGGAUUUGGAAAUUAUAACCUUAGGGUUCUUGGUGCUCCAGGUUCCCAUUUGGCCAACAGCAGUGUUCUCAAUCUGUUCUUUCUGGACAGUGGAGACAGGGCUGUUGUUGAAGGGAUCCGAACUUAUGGAUGGAUUAAGGAAUCUCAGCUUCACUGGCUCCAAGGCAUUUCUCAAGGCUUUCAGAUGUCUCUUUGUCCUCAGCCAGCACCACCGGCAUUGGCAUUUUUCCACAUCCCAAUUCCAGAAAUUCGACAGUUGUACAACCAAAAGGUUGUAGGCCAGUUUCAGGAGGCUGUAGCUUGUUCAGUUGUUAAUUCUGGAGUGUUCCAGACCUUUCUUUCUAUGGGAGAUGUGAAAGCCGCAUUCAUGGGCCAUGAUCAUGUCAACGAUUUCUGUGGAAAUAUCAAUGGUAUAUGGUUUUGUUAUGGCGGAGGCUUUGGAUACCACGGUUAUGGUAGGGCACAGUGGCAUAGGAGGGGAAGGGUGAUAUCACUUGAGCUUGAGAAGGGGGAAAAGGAUUGGUUGGGAGUGGAGAGGAUCAAGACAUGGAAGCGAUUGGAUGAUGAGAAGCUAAGUAGGAUUGAUGAGCAAAUCCUGUGGGUCCGGCAGUAAUCAAGAUGACCCAGAUUGGAGGUUGUGAGACUUUUCAAGUAUUUGAUACUGCAUUAUAUCCUUUUGUGUCAUUAUUUUAUCAUCACUUUUUAAAUGAAAAGUUCUUAUGUUAUUCUUGUGUUCUUGAUUUCAGGAAUUAAAUUUUGAUUUGCGAAAUAUUGGCUGCACCUUAGCCAAACCCAAAAGAUUGACUGUCAGACUUUUGUAUCUCGCGCUGGUUUUAUUUAUUAUUUUUUUUUUCAGGAGACGAGA